AUGGCAGCCUCACGCCACCAUACCGCAUCGUCGGAGCCUCUGAGUAUAGCAGAGAUAUCGACUCAAGCUCAAGCCUUCGACUGGAAUCCAUCGGUCGCCAUACAAAGAUGGAUUCGAGCGGCGAAACUCCUGCUUACAGAAGCUACCAUCUGCGAGCGAGACGGGAAUCUGCAGUCGGCAUUUCUUUACCUGUACAGACAUGCGGAACUGGUGCUGGACCGUCUACCAAAACACCCAGAUUACCAUGAUCCGGCUUUCAGGACAGAUAUUUCCACGGCGAAGAAGGCUGUGAUGCGGAAUCUCCAGAAACUGGAGACGUGGAAGCCUGUGCUCAGGCAACAGCAUGAGCGCUAUCGUGCUGCUGUUGAGAGAAGGGAGGCUGAGCAGAGACGAAUUCGGCAAGGACGAAGUGGGCUGCAGGCACUCGAUGGACCUAAUUAUGACUACAUCGAUGCUCUGGACUAUGAAGACGAAAGCCAUCAUCUCAGUGUUCACGACAACAGUGCAUUAGCUGUCGACCUGGCACAUCACGAGAUUAGGAAGCGCGAUGCAUCAAGGCAGAGUACACGCCAAGCUGGCAUCUCACCUGGAACGGUAGCAUCGAGGCGGCGUGGUAUUGUCGUUGGUGGCGAGGAUCCGGCUGGUGAUAGCGGUCACGAGCCCAGCGUCAGAGAUAUCGGCAGCAUGUUGCAAGGAGCCAGACGGCCCAGUCGAGACAUACCAGCUCCGACGCGAACAGUGACAACAUCAAACACAUACCAGUAUCCGUCGGUUCCGGCACGCGAGGGUGUCAUCGACUGGCAGACUCCGCCACUGCAGCCACUAUCGAGCAGAAACUACGACAGUAUGCCACCUCCCUCGAAACCCACGAAGGAGAGAUACGACGACGCCACUAGUUCAUCACGACCCAUACCACCGCCGAAGCACCUACAGACUCCGGACACAACUCAGUACUUCCCACAAACACCUUCAUCCAAAUAUACCUUCAAGUCCACCACCACAACAGAAUCUGGUGCUCCAUUACGCACGAUCCUAUUACCGCCAGACUUACGCCAAAAUUUCCUCAACCUGGCUCACCCAAACACCCUCCGCAACCUCGAAACCUGCGCGGUCCUAGCCGCCACACAAGUCUCCAAUGCACUCUUCAUAUCCCACCUCAUCGUCCCCGACCAAACAAGCACAGACAGCACAUGCGAUACCACCGAGACCGGCGACAACGCACUAUUCGACUACUGCGACACACACGAGCUACUAGUCUGCGGCUGGAUACAUACCCACCCGUCUCAGUCUUGCUUCCUGAGCAGCCGCGAUCUACAUACCAGCUCAGGAUACCAAGUGAUGCUACCAGAGGCCAUCGCCAUCGUGUGCAGUCCAAGACAUAAUCCCGAAUGGGGAUGCUUCAGGCUCACAUCACCACCAGGUUUGCAAGCUGUACUUGAGUGCACGGCACCGGGGGUCUUUCAUCCACAUGUUGAGCAGAAUCUGUAUACAGAUGCUCUCAAGCCGGGCCAUGUAGUCGAGGGCCCGGGUCUGGAGUUCGAGGUUGUAGAUCUGAGAGGGAAGUGA